AUGUUAAAAAUUAUUUUACCCACAAUUAUACUCUUACCAAUAACCCUCUUAUCCCCAGCAAAAUUCAUAUGAACUAACACCACAGCACAUAGCCUUAUAAUUGCCCUAAUCAGCUUACACUGAUUAACCCCAUCAUACUACCCCCUAAAAAAUCUAACCUCCUGAACUGGUGCUGACCAAAUCUCAACCCCACUACUAGUCCUCUCAUGCUGAUUCCUCCCUCUUAUAAUCAUAGCUAGUCAAGGCCAUUUACAGCACGAACCUCACCUACGAAAACAAAUAUUUAUCUCAACCCUCAUCAUUAUUCAACCAUUUAUCAUCCUAGCCUUCUCAUCAACAGAACUAAUAUUAUUCUACAUCUCAUUUGAAGCCACCCUAAUCCCAACCCUAAUCUUAAUUACCCGCUGAGGAAACCAACCAGAACGACUCAGCGCAGGCAUUUACCUCCUAUUCUACACUCUAAUUAGCUCCCUACCCCUACUAAUCUCCAUCAUUUACCUGCACUCAAAAACAGGAACACUCCACUUACCUAUUCUUAAACUUACCCAUCCAAAUUCAACGGCCUCAUGAACAAACCUACUAUCCAACCUAGCUCUCCUAAUAGCAUUUAUAGUCAAAGCACCCCUAUAUGGCCUCCACCUAUGACUCCCCAAAGCCCAUGUCGAAGCACCAAUCGCAGGCUCAAUAUUACUUGCUGCCCUACUACUAAAACUAGGCGGCUACGGUAUUAUACGAGUAACACUACUCAUACAGCCCGUAUGCAACUAUCUACACUUCCCUUUCCUCACCCUAGCCCUAUGAGGGGCCCUAAUGACCAGCUCCAUCUGCUUACGCCAAACAGACUUAAAAUCUCUCAUUGCCUACUCAUCCGUAAGCCACAUAGGACUCGUAAUCGCCGCAAGCAUGAUCCAAACUCAAUGAUCAUUUUCAGGGGCAAUAAUCCUAAUAAUCUCCCACGGACUUACAUCAUCACUCCUAUUCUGCUUAGCUAACACGAACUACGAACGAACGCAUAGCCGCAUUCUCAUUCUUACACGAGGCCUACAACCCCUCCUACCCCUAAUAGCCACAUGAUGACUCCUAGCUAACCUAACCAACAUAGCCCUCCCUCCAACAACCAAUCUAAUGGCAGAAUUAACAAUUAUAAUUGCCUUAUUUAACUGAUCCCCUCCCACAAUUAUCUUAACCGGAACUGCAACGCUCUUAACUGCUUCCUACACCCUUUAUAUACUCCUAUCCACUCAACGAGGUACCCUUCCCACCCACAUUAUAUCAACUCCAAACUCCAACACACGAGAACACCUCCUCAUAAUUCUUCACAUCAUUCCUAUACUAGCCCUCAUUCUCAAACCAGAACUAAUCUCAGGAACUCCUCUAU